AUGUUUAAUGUAGUUGGUUUUGAGCCAGAGUUUAAGGCACUUUUUUUAAAUUUAAAUGUAGAAGAUUUCUGGAUAAAACUCAAUUCAUUUGAAAAAGAUGAUAAAUAUCCGUUUAAAGAUGUUUCUAAUUUUUUACUCACAGUUUUAUCUUUGCACCAAUCCAAUGUGUCUUGUGAACGUAUAUUUUCACAAAUUAAUCUAAUAAAAACUAAACAAAGAAAUUGUUUAAACACCGCCACUUUAAAUGGAAUUUUGUGUGCUAAAGAAUUUACUAAGAAAUCUGAAUGCCAUAAAAUAGACAUAACGAAAACAAUGAUAGGCAUGGUAAAUUCAAAUAUGUACAACCACAUUAACAAUGACACUGAUAAUAGUAUUGAAUUUGUCGAAGACUGA